CCGGCUGCAGGUCUAGCAGCCAUCCCGCGGGCCUAAGAUGAUCCAAUUGAUGAAACUGCAGCUAAGCAGACAUCUGCAACGUUUUCACGGCGGAGAAGCACUUCACCUAGAAGUCUCUCAACGUAACAAGAAAUACGGCUACAAUGAUCUCUGCUGUUGCGAAGAGGGUUUGUGCCAGACAGCAUGGAGACCAGCAAUCACAGGGCUGGUAUCUUCUCGGAGUUACCGUGGAGAUACGCCAGAGGACACGAGGGGAGACCUGAUUGAGAUCCCUCUGCCCCCUUGGGACGAGAGGCCCGGCGAGCCCACUGACAUCAAGAAGCGACGCCUGCUGUAUGAGAGUCGCAAGAGGGGCAUGUUGGAGAACUGCAUCCUGCUCAGCCUCUUUGCGAAGCGAUACCUGAACACAAUGAAUGAGAAGCAGCUGUACCAGUACGACAGACUGAUUAAUGAACCAAGCAAUGACUGGGACAUCUACUACUGGGCAACAGAAGCUCAGCCCACACCUGAUGUUUACCAAGGAGAGAUCAUGGAUAUGCUGAAGGAGUUCACAAAGAACCGCAACCAAGAAAAGAGGUUAGAUGCACCCAACCUGGAGUACCUGGAUAAGGAAAGCCUGUGAGGUCCAUGACCCUUUGGACCUUCUCAAAGACUCAUUUUGGCUGGUGAAUGUGGUGAAAUAUCAGUGUCAGAAAAACAACAAAACAAAAUAUUGUGACAUGGAUACUAUUUUAAACACUUUACUCUCUAGUACUAUUGACCUUUCUAUGAAAUAUUCUCGCCUCCAUCCUCUAUUUCCUCUGUCAACUCCAGUCAGUUAUUAUAAGGGGAAGAACAUCCAUGGAAGCUGAGGGAAGUUGGAUCGAGCGAAGAUUGAUACAACGCAAGAUAUUAGCACGGUGCUCUGAAUAAUUUACUUGAAGUGUAUUGUACAUUUCUGAUUUAAGACUAUACAUUAAAUCUGAUUAAAGUGUGUGAGAUGCAUACUGAAUAUGUCAGCUUCGAUAUAUGGAUACAAGCUGAAAAUCAGUUUCUAUCCCAGACAGUUAAACAGAAACACAUGUACUCACACAUUAGUGUCGCUUGUUGAACUGUCAUGUUGUGCUCAAUGAUUGUACUGUGCCUAUCACAGACAUUAUGGGUUAUUUAAUAAAUGCCUGUGCUUUAC